CGCGUCGCCGGUCAAGAUGGAAUGCCUGGAUCUGCGAGAAGCCUCGUUUGCCAAGGGAAAGCGCGUCAAGAACCCCAACAAGGCCAACUCUACCGUCCUCGCGAAAUGGCCGCACAAAUCGAAGCAUUUGGCCACUCCCCAGGUUCUCGCGGAGGCCGGUUUCUACUACGACCCGGCGUACGACGAGCGCGACAACGUGUCGUGCUUCAUGUGCAACAAGUCGCUGUCGCAAUGGGAGGAGGAGGAUGACCCGUUCGAGGUGCACUGGCAGAAAUGCGGCACCGACCGACGUUGUGCGUGGGCGGUGCUGCGCUGUGGACUGAGCACGGACAUGGACAGGAACGGACAAUACACCUACCCGGACAAGACGCGCAUCCCCACGACGCCGAUGAUGGUGCAGGCCCGCCUUAUGACGUUCUCGCAGGGCAAAGGCUGGCCGCACGCCGGGAAGGAUCACGGCGCGUCCUCGCAGAGGAUGGCCGAGGCAGGAUUCAUCUACAUGCCCCAACACCCCGGCGACGACGGCGCGAUGUGCCUCUAUUGCGGCACUUCACUCAGCGGAUGGGACGCGGACGAUGACCCUCUCGAAGAACACUACAAACGCGGCCUCAAAUUACAGACCCCCUGCCCUUUCCUGCAGCUCAAGAAGUCCGACGGAUCAUCCGCCAAGCCCGCGUCCCGCAAGGCGUCGACAUCACAAUUGGGCAGAUCCACUUCCCAGCAGGGCAAAUCGCACUCGCGCCAGCCCUCGCGCUCGUCCGCGCGCCCCGCGUCGCGACAGGCCUCGCAGUCGCAGUACGAGGACGUCGUUGAGAGCGUGAAGGAGUUCGAUGGGUCGGAUGAUGAUGACGAUGGCGGCGGUCGGAAGAACUUGCGUAAAUCGACUCGCUCGCGCACGAAGUCGGUCGUUCAGGAGGACGCGCCGCUCGCGCGCAAGCCGUCACGCUCGACGAAGACGAAGCGCGGGAAGAGCGCCGCGCCCGCGGAGGAAGAGGAGAGCGACGCGCAGAGCGUGCAAACCGAAGCGACCAGCCUCCGACGAAGUACGCGCUCGCGGCCGCCGUCGCGAUUGGGUACAGAGGAGAGCGAGGCGGAGCCCGCGCAGCCGCGGGGGCGGAAACGCGUCGCGAGCACGGCGGCGGGCAAGGCAGCCAGCGACACCGAAGACACGACCAAAGCGAAGGGCAAGGGCAAGGGAAAGACGAAGGGCCGUGUGCCCUCCGUCGCGCCCAGCAUGCACACUAUUGACGAGGAUGCGGCGCUGGCGCUGUCAGAGGAGGAGGAAGAGUCACCCGAGCCCGAGCCCGAACCACCGAAGAAGGCGACGCGCGCGAAGGGGAAGGGGAAGAAGGCCGCCGACAACGCCCUUGCGGAGUCCACUAGCCAGGCUUCUGCCGAGUCGACAAUCCAGUUCCCGGGCGCGUGGGUGGAGGACGAGGGGGAGGAGGCGCCGGCGCCGUUCCCGAAGCCGCAGAAGCCGCGGUUGAAGGGGAAGGCGAAGGCGCCGGCGCCAGCAGCAUCGACGACGGAGGACGAGCUGGCGAUGCAGGAUGAGGAGGACGAGACGAUCGUCCUACGGCAGUCGACGCGGACGCGGGCGAAACCACCGUCUAAGUCCAAGCCCCCGUCGAAGACGAUCAAGGCGGCUGUGCAGAAGGGAGCAGCGGGCGGGGUGCGCGAGUCCGCAGAUCCCGAGGGCGAGCAGGGCGAGGACAACGAAGCUAAGCCUCCACCACCGCCCAAACCGCUGUCCCGCCAGGCGUCGAAGUCCAAGAAGAAGAAACCGCCGGCGGAGGAGAUCGUCUCUGACUCGGAGCCCGAGCCCAUUGCUGAAGACUCUGAGCCUGAGUUGGCUGCUCACGACUCGGAGCCUCCCGCGCCUGACUCGGAUUCCGUCGUGCAAGACUCGGCGCCCGAGUCGAUACCGACGCCGUCAGGGUCAACUGACGGCGGCGACGCGAACGAUAUGGACGUCGAUGAGGACGCGCCCCCGCCGAGGAAGCCGCGGUCGACGAGCAGCGUGCAGACACUGAAGAAGAAGGCGAGCGUGGACACGCUGAGGGGGCAGGGCACGGUGCGAGGCAAGCAGAGUGUGGACACCCUACGCGGCAAGCCGAGCGUGGACACCCUGCGCGGCGCGGACCCUGCGACGGGCAAGGCGAAGCGGGCGAGCAAGGUGCCGCCGCGACGGCCGACGACGAAUGGCCGCGGGAAGACAAGUCGGGUCGUCGAGAUCUCAUCAGACGACGAUGUGGCAAUGGAGGAUGCGAGGGAUGAGGAGGAAGAGGAGAUGAGGCGGGAGGAGGAGGAGACGAGGAAGGCAGAGGAGGCGGCGAGGAGGGCGGAGGAAGAGAUACGACGCGCAGAGGAGGAACGGCGGGAGCGGGAAGAGCAGGAACGACGCGAGCGCGAGGAAGAAGCAAGGCAGCGGGAGGAAGAGGAGAGGCGACGGGAAGAGGAGGAGAGGGAAGCAGAGGCGCGGCGAGCAGAGGAGGCGGAGAGGGCACGGCAAGCGGAGGCGAAGAAGCGCGAGGACGAAGCCCGGCGCGAAGCAGUCCGCCGGGCUGCUGAGGCUCGCAAGGCCGAAGAAGAACUGCGCCGCCGCACGGCUGAAGAGCAGCGUCGUCGCGACGAGCAGCGGAAGGCGCAGGAGCGACUCGCCGAGCAGCGCAAAGCGGAGGCGCAGCGGCAAGAGGAGGAACGCAGAAAGGAGGAGCAGCGGAAGGAGGAAGAACGCCUGCAGAAGGAGGAGCAGCGGCGGAAGGCGAGGGAGGCGCGGGCCAAACAGGAAGAGGCCAAGCGUCGCGCCGAGGAGGAGAAGAAGCAAGAGGCGGCGCGGCGCGCGCAGGAGAAGAAGGAAGCGGCCCGCCGCGCACAGGAGCAGAAACGCGCAGAGGAAGAGGAGAAGCGGCGCGCGGCCGAAGAGCGUCGCCGGGCUGCGAAGGAGGAAGAGCAGCGUCGUGCAGAGGCGGAGGCGGAGCGACGCCGCCGCGCAGAGGAAGAGCAGCGAGCGGCCGAGGGCAAGAUGUACGUCGACGAGCCUGCGCCGCAUCCGAACGGACACAAGGCCGACGUCUUCGGCGACGAUGUCGCCAACCCCUUCGCAGAAUCGACCGCAGACGCGCGCGCCUCCAGCCAGCCAAUGACCAGCGAGAGCGCGUUCCCGCCGCUGACGAGCAUCCCGGACGAGGACCUCGAUAUGACCGUCGAGGAGUGGAUCCGCGCACAGAUGGAGCUGGCCGCGGACAAAAUCCGCCUUGAUGGCGAGGCGCAGAUCCGGGCGUUCAUUGAGCGGUCGCGCGAGGUGGGCGAGCAGAUUCGGGAUACGCUCAAGGUUUGACGGACGCGAAUGGUACUUCCCCUCACGCUUCAGUACGUUUUGUUGACAGCCCUGGAUUCUAUCGCUAUAAUCGCUGUUCGUAUCGCUCACCAACCUGUCCAGCUUCUCUCUCGCACGUCCUCACUCAACUAGAUAUUUAUACAUCACAACGUACAUACGCGACAAUGCAUCCGUUCGUCAUUCGAUGCCACGAGCUAGCCGAUGUUCGCGCUCUGUGUUAUCCAUUUUACCUCGCAAAGUCUCUCCCGCCAAAUCCCAUGGAUUUGGAAUGCGCUC